CAGACAAGUUCACAGUUCUAGGCUGGUCAGGAUUUAAGGAGGACUGCAGACUCAAACCAUGGUUGUUCCCAGACUCCAGUGCUUUGUCCUCUACCUAGCCUGCAUCCUGUUUAAAAGCUGCCUGGCUUUCAAGAACGAUGCCACAGAGAUCCUUUAUUCACACGUGGAUAAACACGUGGAGGAGAAUGCCAACAGCAGCACCCAGAACCAGGCUCGCCAUGGAGGGAGACACCCCACUAACUCUGCUCAGGACAGGACCAGUUCUCACCAAGUUGGAUGCAGGGAACUGAGAUCCACAAAAUAUAUAUCUGACGGUCAGUGCACCAGUAUCAGGCCACUGAAAGAAUUGGUUUGUGCCGGAGAAUGCCUUCCUCUUCCAAUUCUGCCCAACUGGAUUGGUGGUGGCUACGGACUCAAAUAUUGGAGUCGUAGAAGCUCCCAGGAAUGGAGAUGUGUUAAUGACAAGACCCGCACUCAACGUAUUCAACUACAGUGUGAAGACGGUACCAGUCGAACAUACAAAGUCACAGUGGUCACAUCCUGCAAGUGCAAGAGAUACACAAGGCAACACAAUGAGUCCAGCCAUAACUAUGACAUAGCCUCUCCUGCCAAACCCCUUCAUCCACAUCAACAUCAUCAUUCCCAAACUAACCGAGAUCGGAAAAGACUUACUAAGAUCAGCAAGCACAUUUCAAGUUAGAGAAAAACAGUGCCAAGACUUUGAACUGAAUUGUACUCAAAAACAGUGAAUGUUUGUCCCAGCAGUCUGAGACUGAUCUUUCUCUCUUUUUUUCCGUAAUGGAAAUAUUAAUGUUAUUCAGUUAUGUAACCAAGGUCUUUUGACAUGUGGUGAACACACUUUCAUUCUCCUCUUUCACAUUGUUUGAAGGACUGGAUGUUUUUUUUUUUUUUUUUUUUUUUUAGAAAUUCUACAUUUCCAGAAAAUGUGUUGACAUUUUUUUUUUUAAAUUGAAAGCUAUAAUCCACAAAGAACUGAGGUGCUUAAAAUAGUUUUAAACAAAUAAAUAAUAUAGGAGAAUUAUAAGUCAAAAUAAUUUAUGAAGUUUGGAUUUUUUUCCCCCUUAGCUACACAGGCUUAUAACUGAAUAUUAUAAACAAUAUUCUAAAUCAGCAUUUAAUUAAAUAAGAAUAAAAAUAUAAUGAAAUAUUUAUUGCUCAUUGUAAUUAUAUAGUAUCUCCCAUGCCAGCUUGGGUCUCCAUAAAUAACCGUGACUAAUAGUGAUUCUGGCACUCGGGAGGAAUUCAAAGCCUUUGAAUGUGAUUGUUCAACUGUACAGUACAUUAUAUAUAUAUUUUACAGCUUUUUUUCAUGUAUCAAAGUAUUUUCCUACAAUUUGUAAGUAGAAUUGCCAUCUGCAUUUUUGUAGAUACUGUAAAUUAAUUAUGUAGUAUUUGUGUUAUAUUUUUACAUUGUGAUAUUUUUAUUAGAUGAAACAUUUGUUUUGAAUGUUUAUUAAAAGCUACUCUGUGCAAUCAAAAACUUUCAUGCUUUAUUUUAUCCAUUUCUGUUGGAACCACCAUCUUAAAGUCCAAUAAUUCUCUAAUCGGGAUUGGGAGAAAAAGUACACAUUAACAUC